CGCAGCCGCUAUUGCGUGUGUUUUGAAAUCUUCCUCCCGUCCUCAGUUUCUGGUCGGAGCAUAUGGAAUCGGGAGGAGGAGGGCGGCCAGGUUUUAUGGAGAUCGAGGCGGCAGCGGCGGACGGGUUGGGGAGAUCGGACAUCUUCCACAUCGUCAAGGAGAUCCUCGGGUUCGUCCUCUACAUGCACCAACAGAUCCCGUCGCUGCUUCAACACCUCGAAAAUGAAUUUGAUGCUCUAAAGGAGGAACAUGAAAGUUUGGAAGAGGCAUGUCGAACACCGGAAGAAUCAAAGGCAUCCGAUAGGAGGAAGCAUAAUUUGAGGAAAAGAGAGAUCAAACAGGGGAUCAGGAGGCUGGACAAAUUGAUGUGUUCCAAAUCGAGCUUGCUUUCUGCGCUUCGACUGGCGCUGGAGGAGAUGCCUGACAUUCGAGAAGUUACUUUGAUUCUUGGAGCGAGUAUUGUGAGACCUCAACACGUAUACCAGCUGGUGUUUUCUGGAGGGAAUUUUGGUUCUGGAAAUGCAAAUAAAUGCACCGAAAGGAAAAUUUCUGAUAAUAUUGCUAGAAAGGCCAUUCGAGUUCUAAUAUCUGCUGGUGCCGGGAGUAGUACUUACACGGGUCCGUCCAAGUUGUUCUUGCUCGUCAGAAGUUCCUCUACCUUCAGCCUCCCACUGCAUUUUUUUCCCAAGCGUGAUUUCCGAUUCGGCAAAAAGGUAGUACCACUCAAGUUACACAUCAAUUGCAAGAUUCCAGAACAUGCCAUGGAUGAUUUGCAUCGAACGUCACUUGCCGGCAGCUCCUUAUGUCCUAAUUCCACUGAAUAUGAUGCGAUCUGGUUUCAGUGCAAGCAUGUCAUCAGGGGUUUGCCUAGCAAGACUCCAGCAGAAUGUUGAGAAGUUGGCAUGUGUUUCAUCAUAACAAGGGCAAUGAGACUUUUGUUUUUUUUCUUUUCCCCCCUUUUCUACUGUCUCAGUUGAACGGCAAAUGAUAUCAUCGCCUUCCGAUUUUAAACUCCAAUUCUAGUUUGUGUGGUUGAUAUCCAUUCUGGAUGGAGAAGAGAACCAAGCAAAGAUGAUUCUGCGUA